AUGCCUCAGCGAGAGCUAUUUCAUCUGCAGUUCAUCGGUUGGCCUGAUCACGGAUGUCCAGAACAUCCGGAAUCUGUGGUUACGUUUCCUGGAUGCUGUGGAUGUGGCUUGCAAGAAGGCCAUCUCGACGCAGGUGCAGGCAUUGGACGAACGGGGACGUUUAUAGUGAUAGACAUUCUCCUCAAUCAAAUUCGGCACAGAGGAAGUUCUUGUCCCAUUGAUAUACCACGCACGGUGAUGAAAAUUCGCGAACAGCGCAGCCGUAUGGUUCAAACGGAAGCGCAAUAUGUCUUUCUGUACAGAGCAAUUAGUUGCUAUAUAGCUAUGCAAAGUCGGUCUCGACAUCCUUCCGAUGAGACGGGUACCGGUGAAGGAGGGCAUCCGCUACAUCUUCCACCACCCCCAGUUCCGCGACGACGAGCGGUACCUGAGGUCGCUCAGGCAUAUGUGAAUAACGGAUAG